AUGCAAACAUUAGGCUUCUCUUCUUCUCUCUUGUUCCUCUCAGUCAUUUUACUCUCCUCAUCUUUGCUAAUCUCAUCACAACAUCCUCCCUCACAGCCACCUUCUUUGCCUCCGUCACAGCCAUCAACUGAGCCUCCCUCACAGCCACCUUCUUUGCCUCCGUCACAGUCAUCUUCUUUGCCUCCCCCACAGUCACAGCCACCUUCUUUGCCUCCGUCACAGCCACCGUCACAGUCACCUUCUUUGCCUCCGUCACAGCCACAGUCAACUACAGUCGCUUGCAAGUCGACUCCAUACCCUAAGCUCUGUCGUACCAUCCUCUCCGCAUUCAAAUCCUCGCCGUCCGAUCCCUACGGUUACGGAAAAUUCACCACCAAGCAAUGUCUCAAGCAAGCAAAACGUCUCUCCAAAGUCAUCAACGGAUACGCGAAGCGCGUAAGAAGCAAACCCGGCUCAGCGACGCCCGAGGAGGUCGGUGCGUUGGAGGACUGCGGCGAGUUGGCAGAACUGACCGUGAGCUACCUCGAAACGGUCACGGAUGAGCUAAAAACGGUGGAUAUGAUGACGUCAGCGGUCGUGGAGCAUGUGAACAGUCUUCUCAGUGGUGUGGUCACCAAUCAGCAGACGUGUCUUGACGGACUCAAGGAGGCGAAGAGUGGAUUCGCUGCUGCGAUUGGCUCGCCGAUGGGGAAUCUCACGGGUCUUUACAGUGUGUCGUUGGGGCUUGUGAGCCACUCGCUUAACCGUAACUUGAAGAGGUUUAAAGCCUCUAAAGGGAAGAUCCUUGGUGGUCAAAACUCGACCUAUCGCGAGCCCCUUGAGACUUUGAUUAAGGUUUUACGUAACACAUGCGACAAGGAUAAAGAUUGCCGGAAAGCAAGCCGGAACUUGGGGGAGUUAGGGGAGACGAGCGGCGGUUCCAUCCUCGUCAGACAAGCGGUUAUUGUCGGUCCUUACAAAAGCGACAACUUCACAACCAUCACCGAGGCAAUUGCAGCCGCACCUAAUAACACUAGACCCGAGAAUGGUUACUUUGUCAUCUACGCAAGAGAAGGUGUCUACGAAGAAUACAUUGUUAUUCCAAUCAACAAAAAGAACUUAAUGCUUAUCGGAGAUGGAAUCAAUAAGACGAUUAUUACCGGCAACCAUAAUGUUGUUGAUGGUUGGACCACGUAUAAUAGCUCGAGCUUCGCGGUGGUUGGAGAGAGAUUCAUGGCGGUUGAUGUGACAUUCAGAAACACAGCCGGGCCUGAGAAACAUCAGGCUGUGGCUUUGAGGAACAAUGCGGAAGGAUCCACCUUUUAUCGGUGUAGCUUUGAAGGCUAUCAAGAUACUCUCUACGUUCAUUCUCUCAGACAAUUCUAUCGCGAAUGUGAUAUAUAUGGUACGGUUGAUUUUAUAUUUGGAAACGCGGCAGCAAUAUUUCAAAACUGUAACAUAUAUCCUCGGAAACCAAUGCCAAAGCAGAAGAAUGCAAUAACAGCCCAUGGAAGAACCGAUCCAAAUCAAAAUACCGGAAUCUCUAUCAUCAACUGUACCAUCACAGCCGCGCCAGAUCUUGCAGCCGAGCCUAACACAACCAUGACGUUCCUAGGGCGGCCAUGGAAGAUAUACUCAAGGACGGUUUUCAUGCAGUCGUAUAUUAGUGAUAUUGUCCAACCGGUCGGAUGGCUCGAAUGGAACGGUACAACUGGAUUAGACACGAUCUACUACGGUGAGUACAGUAACUAUGGACCGGGUGCUAAUACAGACCGGAGAGUGCAGUGGUUAGGGUACAAUUUAUUGAACAUGGCACAAGCCAUGAACUUCACGGUUUACAACUUUACCAUGGGAGAUACAUGGUUGCCUCAAACCGAUAUUCCUUUCUAUGGUGGUUUGAUUCGCAAAGAAUGA